CUCGCGGUCACUCUGGCGGCACUUCCUGCUUUCGUGCGAGUGAUAAAAAGAGGCAAAGAGAAAUAGAGGGAGAACGAUAGAGAGAGAGAGAGAGAGAGAGAAAAGAGAGAGCUCGCGCAGCAUCCAAAUGGAGCAAUGUGACUAACGGCUCGGUUACUUAUUAACCCGUGUCCGGCCGAACAACCCCGCUACAUAAGGCAUGCGAAGCGGCGUGGAGGCCGGAGGCUACUGGGGUACAUCAGUGCAGGAAGGUGAUCACUGGACAACGAUCUGACCAUACACACAUUUUUCUAAGCCUUGUAAUACGAUCCCUCAGCUCUGGAGACCUUUAAAUAUAUUUCAGGAUCCACGUGGUGUAAACUGAGCCAGUACAACUGUCCAGAACUGCUCGGGACAGUCCUGCCAAGUAAGUGCCCUUUUUUCCCAUCGAAAGUGAAGAGGGACGAGGAGCAAUCCUUGGACGUUCAGAUCUCCACCUGGCUUAAAUACUGAAGUAAAGUCAUUUUAGGUUGUGAAAUGUACCCUCCUCUUAUCGGUUGGCCUUAAAAAAAAAAGGUUGCGGUGAAUGGGGAACGUAAUUUGUAUGCUACCAAAGUUCAGGCAGGAUCUUACCCUGGAGUGGGCGAAAGCACCUGCCUCUUUUACUCAACCUGUAGAGCGCAAAUUAUAAACUGACGAGCCAAGGACCCACAUCUUGGAUGGGAUAGAUUGAACCCGUGGAUCAAGUGAAGCACCAAUCAAAAGUUAGCACUGACUAAAGGUGUUAUUCGUUUCUUCUGAUACGACUCACAACUUCAAGGCUUCCGCAUGGUCCUCUGGUCGAAAGAGCAAGACAAACUGCCCAAUAUGUCCACGGGGACAGAAAUCAUAGAGGUGAAGAAGGACUUCAUCUCUUCGAACGGCUCGGUCCACCCAGUCAUCCUGGCCACAGGGACUGAGGAGAGGCAGCCAAGCAGCGGUGAGUACGAGCUUACUGAGGUGACGUCUCUGCCCGAGCAUCCCGAGGCGGAGAACGAACGGACGGAAAUGGUGGUGAUCGACUGUCGUGCCAAUGCCAAGGGUCAGAGGGAGGAGGACGCUCUGCUGGAGAAUGGCAGCCAAAGCAAUGAGAGCGAUGACACGAGCACGGACCAAAGCCCUGUGCCACCAGUUCCUCUAAAGGAGACGUCUUUUUCCAUAGGACUGCAAGUUGUGUUCCCAUUCCUGCUGGCCGGGUUUGGGACAGUGGCCGCUGGUAUGGUCCUCGACAUUGUCCAACACUGGAAGGUGUUCUCCGAAGUGAACGAGGUGUUUAUCCUGGUGCCUGCUCUUCUGGGUCUGAAGGGAAACCUGGAGAUGACACUGGCCUCCAGACUGUCCACCGCUGCUAAUAUUGGGCAGAUGGACACAGCCAAGGAGAUGUGGAAAAUGAUCAUUGGAAACCUCGCACUAAUUCAGGUUCAGGCCACUGUAGUGGGGUUCCUAGCCUCCAUCGCAGCAGUCAUUUUUGGCUGGAUCCCAGAAGGCCAAUUUAAGAUAGGUCAUGCUGUUCUGCUCUGUGCAAGCAGCGUAGCUACAGCCUUCAUCGCUUCCCUGCUGUUAGGUCUUAUCAUGAUUGGCGUGAUCAUCGGCUCGAGAAAGGUUGGCAUUAACCCGGAUAACGUGGCCACACCUAUUGCUGCCAGCCUUGGGGACUUGAUUACUCUGGCCCUACUAUCUGGCAUCAGCACAGGACUCUACCAGGAGCUGGAGUACAACGAUUAUGCCAAUCCAUUAGUCUGUGUGUUUUUCGUCGCUUUGACACCGAUCUGGAUCCUAAUCGCUCGGCGAAUCCCCUCCACCCGAGAAGUGCUCUACUCAGGCUGGGAGCCUGUUAUAAUCGCCAUGGCGAUCAGCAGUAUUGGAGGCCUCAUUCUGGAUAAAACUGUGUCCAAUCCCAACUACGCUGGAAUGGCGGUGUUUACUCCGGUCAUCAACGGUGUGGCUGGUAAUCUGGUGGCGGUACAGGCAAGUCGCAUCUCCACAUACCUGCACAUGAAUGGCCUUCCCAUCGCAGAGGCGAAUCCGACUCCUCAGAAAUGUCCCACACCAUGCAGCACAUUCUUCGGCUCAGGCGUAAAUUCUCGCUCCGCCCGAGUGCUCUUUCUCCUGGUGGCACCCGGUCACCUUGUUUUCCUGUACACCAUCAACUUAUUGCGGGCUGGACACACCACCCUCACCUACAUUUUCAUCGCUGUCUACCUGACCGCUGCCUUACUCCAGGUGAUGAUCCUGCUUUAUCUGGCUGACUGGAUGGUACAGUGGAUGUGGAAGAGAGGGAUGGAUCCUGAUAACUUUUCCAUUCCCUACCUAACUGCCCUUGGUGACUUAUUAGGCACAGGCUUCCUGGCUCUGUGCUUCCAUAUCCUGUGGAUGGUCGGCGAUAGGGACACGGAUGUGGGAGACUGAAUGGCUGUGAUGAACACAUGCAGAAAUCUCAUGAGCCUUUAUUUAUCAAAAAAGAAAAAAAGAAAAAACACAAACACCACAAUGAGAUAUUAUGGCUACAAUAGCCACUAUAAUUAUAGUAAUAACUGAUAAUACUGUCGCUGUAGUAGUGGUAUGUAAUGAUUAUUACAUUAUGGCUUAAGUUCUUGUGGGAGAACAGGAAUCCUCAUUAUUUUUCAAUGGGGAUGUUCAACCCCUUUUUAUUCAUAGAGGUGUUGGCAGCAAACUUAAACGUGAAGGUUUCACAAGAAUUAAGAUGCUCAGACACCAAGUUCUUUAUGUGUAAGUGAUAUAAAUAGGAGGUUUCCAGACCACAGCAAAGUGACCUUGAUUAUGAGGUGAUUACCUUUUUUUUUUUUUUUUUGUAAAAGUAGGAAAACUGGAACGUUUUAAAUCUCUGAGUGGCAAGCAAGUGCUCUUAGCUCACAGGCGAUGGCAAAAAAAAAAGUCUUAUUUACAUACCUACCUGUGAGUGCUGUCACCUUCAUUGUGGAUUUCGAAAUAGGAUAAAAAUGAUGUAAGAUUGCUGAUCUAAAUAAAAUCUCCUGUACUGUACAAUUAGGGAAUUAAAUGCACCACUUAAAUUUAUCCACUUCACUUUUAGGCAGAGUCAGGGAAAACUGAGCAGGUCAAGUAACGCUGUGCUUUUUUUCAGAUUCUUUUCGAGCAUGUAAUUUUUUUAUUAAACUGUCUUUGUAACUGUGCAACAAAGCUUAAAAGGGCUACUUUGUAAUGUAGAACUGCUGCAUGAUGGGAGGGGAUGGGAGGGGAAAUUCAGGAAAAGGAAUAUCGGCUUUUUCAAAGAAUAGCCAAAAGGGGUAAAAAAGACUUAAAGUCAUUUGCUGUGCAAAGCAUUAAUUAUUACUUUUAAUGUAAAUAGCACCCUUUGGAAACUUGAACCUGAUAUGGUGUGUCUUAGAAGAGCAAAUAAUCUUUGGUACCAGGCUUAACAACAGGGAGCCCUUUAACUCAUUUUAAUAACUAGUUAAUGCAUGUACACAAAGAUGCCAACAUUUGUAGUUUAGACAUAAAAUUUAUCAUCUUUUACCAAUUGGUACAGCGAUAUGGAACCAUUU